AUGGCAGACAAUCAUUCAGCUAGAGGCUCGAGGGUUGUCAACAUUACAAAAAUUUCAGAAAAAUGUCCUUCGAUUUCUUUGAUUGAUGAUCAAGAGGAUAACAGGUAUGAUUCAUGGAAGUUUUCUCUGAUAAGUAGAUUGGAUUUUCUUAGAAUUAAGUUUGCUGAUGCGAUGAAUAUUUUAAAGAGUCAAUGGAAAUUAAAUGGUAAUUGUCAUUUAAUUCCUUUGGGUAAAGGAUUUUUCACAAUUAAGCUGUCUAAUGAAGAAGAUAAGAACUAUAUUUCAAAUUAUCGUUGGGAUGUACAGGAUCAGGUAUUAAGAACUAGAAAUUGGAUUCCCGAUUUUAGACCUGAAAAUCAGAGAACCUCUCAUGCCUUGAUAUGGGUAUCUCUACCAGGAUUAAGCUUAGAAUAUUGGGAUGAGAAAAAUAUAUUUACAAUAUGUGAUGCAAUUGGAAAUACGGUGAAGGUGGAUGAUGUUAUUCUUAAAUUUUCAAGUGGGUAUGUUGCAAGGGUUUUAGUUGAGUUAGAUCUUUCAGAACCAAUACCAAAUAAACUCUGGAUAAUCACUAAAUAUGGUAGUUUCUCACAAGGUAUUGUUCUUAAUAAAAUACCAAAGUUUUGCUCUCGUUGUAAGAUUGUUGGUCAUACUUUGGCAGAAUGUAGGUUCAAUAAUAACAUCAAUAAGGAAAAUCCAUCAGAGGUUCCAGUGGGUAGUGUUGGGAAGCCAAUAGACAAAGGUCAGCAGAUGCCACAUGAACCCUUUGAUUUAUGUCCACCUUUAAUAAUACCAGAAGUAGGAACUCCUAAACCAAAUACUGAGAUUCCUAUUACUGAAGGAAGAUUCAGUUCUCUGCAGGAUUUAGCUAUAAAUGAAGAAGAUGCUAGUAAUGAGAGAAUUCCAAAAGAAAUGCUCACUCCAACAAAAAUUCUACAAAUGGUGGAAGUUAAUUCUUUGGAAGCAAGUGUGAUUAAGUUUGUCAAUGGCAAAGAUGGCACAGUAUCUUCUGAAAGUGUCCCAGUAACUUCAUGGUCUAGACUUUUUCAGAAGCCUGCAUCACAAAAAGCAAAAACUGGAGAUGAUACUAUGAUGUAUGCUUCUACUUCAACUAGUACAUAA